GGAAACAUUUCUGUCACCGAAUGUACAUUACAUAUUUGUUGAGAGUAGACAGAGUGAGGAUUCGGCAGUGCGGACUGCAUCCUGCCUAACGGAGCAAUAUACAUUUGACUGGGAUAAAAUUAUGACUUCGUUGAACCUGUCAGGUAGCUCAUAUGUAAAUUAGAAUUAGUUUCUGCUGUUGUCAAUGUAUGAUUUGCAGUUAGUGUAAACUGUGAUCAGUGAUGACAUUGUGGUUAUGACUGGCUAGAAAGAUGCCAUUGAGUAUUGUUGCCAUGAUAUCCGUAAGUGAUUAUAGUAUCAGUAGCCUUCAUUACACCACUGUAAAAUUUCAAAUUCCGAAGUCUAAUUCCAGGUUACAUUCAGGGAUAUGGACCGAUUCAGUAAUAUAUCGGGAAAUCAGAUCUUUAAUGCAGAUAGAUUCGCCGUAGAAUCAUAUACCGCCGUUAUUUCCAAAUUUGUUUGUGUGUGGACAUUAUAUAAUAUUGAUAGAGAUAGUGAAAACGGCACAUUACAAAAAGCGCUGCUGCUUUCUCAUCCAACCCUUGCCCUAUGCUAGUGUUACAUGGGCCAUGUUUUUUUUAACAGUGCUUUGCUUGUAUUGUUCUGCCAUGGGAAGUUAGUAACAUUAUCUGUGUUGGCAAUACUACCGAAAAGUGUAUAGACGUUCGUAGUUGUAAGCAAAUUCCCAUCGUAAUAUAAAACUGAAGUGUACAUCACAGCACUUCCAUGUGAACAGAUGUGAUUUUACUGCAAAAUAAUGUUCACAUUCUCAGCCAACCAGUACAUUGGUUCCCUGAAGUUGCUAAAAGAAUGUGGCCUAUAUUUCAUGAAGCUCAUAGUGUUUUAGCAAAUGUGGACUCAGAGACCAUGAAGUAUUUCUGGGGUUUCUGCAGAUGGACAGGAAAAGAAAAAGACCUUAAAGAAUUGUAUGAAGAUUUCCGAAGUUAUAAUGAUACAAGCACAGUGGAAGCCAUAUUAUUUGUAACAUCUGUUUUGGAACGUUCAUUGGGAAAUGUAACGGCAGAUAAGUUUUCCUUGCUAACUACUGUUUACCUAUUGAGAGGAAAAACAGUACCAUUUCUGCUGCGUGACCUUCUCGCAACAUCAGAGUUGAAGUCAAUUCUGGGUACUAUUCCUACAAUAUUCCUACAGUUACUGGUAGGCACUCCACUGUCUUUUAAUGCGCGUAACCUGGUAUGGCAUGGGUUUCUUCAUCCAGCUGAGAUAGCCCCAUCACUGGCUACAGCACUCUUCGUUGCAGUUGCCAGUAUAGGGCAGCUGCUGUCUGCUGAGCUUGCUUCAAUUCCCCACAGGCCUCAGGCCAGCGAUCUAUCUGAGCUCGCCAAACAUAUGGAGCCACCUCCUGGUGACCUUGUACCACACGCAGUCCUGUCUGUUCUUACAGAAUCUCCACUUAUUCCAUCACGACACAUUGCUUUUUGGACAUCUGCUUUACAGCACUAUCAUAGGGGUAGUUGGGGUCGGUGCUGCCUAGUGGCCCUGCCACAGCUUGAGCACUUGGCACGCGUGGCUUACUGUGUUGCUCACAACUGCCCAUCUCGCUUGCUCACUGCUGAAUCAACAACACGAUAUCUUACUCUGGAUGAUCUCCUAGAUACAUCUGAUACCAGCAUGCUGUUUUUACUUGGGGAAGGUCUUCUGCAGUUACUUAGAGAUUUACUGUCCCUACCAACAGGUCCCAGAUUGAGAGAUCGUCUCAGCCACGGAGAAGUCGACCUGGCAGAUAUUCCGAGCUGUUUAGCAGGGCACUUGCUUGGUGCUGCAACAGCCAUAGCCCUCCGGUUCAGGGCCAGUUCUACACAGCCAUACAGCAAUUACACAUCUAGAUUCCAUAAUAUUGCCAUUUUGAAGACAGCUAUAUUGCAAACAGCGAAGAGUAUUACAAUGUGGAAACAGUGCCCCAGGCCUCCAGAAACACCAUGGCCAAGUUGGAAUGAUGUGGUUAAUGUGAACAAAGAUGUUUGUAGCCUUUAUCAACAUCUAACCAAAUACUUAACAGCUACUUUGACUCAUGAAAAGCAUGUGGAUGAUGCUGAUAACUGGAGUAGGCUUGAAGACCUACCAAAUAUAUUGAAAGUAUUUCUGUCCAGUGUACAUAUCCCUAUAAUGCCUAUUCCAAAGAGUAAUAUGGAAGCCAUCACUUUACUCAGGCAAACAAUAGACAGUAUAGAAGCAAUAAAUUCCAAUGUCACCUCCAGCCUUGAAAUGAAAAUUCAGCUUCUUGUUACUCACAAAUUACGUUCACGACAGCGAAUUACAUAUGGUCGUUUUCUUAAUGUUGUGCCACGGCUGGAAGCUGUUUUGAAGUGUGUAAUUAUUAUAGUCAGUGUGCAUUUGUUUGAAAUGUCUAUGGUCCACACCAUCACAGAAAGAGACCAAGCAACAUACAUCAGGUUCCUGAGGACAGUUCUGCAAUUUGUUGCACUUACAGCAUCAAGUUCUACACAUGAGAAAAACAGGUGGGAAGAGAUUGACACCUUGUCAAGGCAGUUUUGCCAACAAAUGUUGCAAAACAAACAUCUUGUCCCCAUGAAGCACACAGUUGGGACAUGCAAAUAAGGACCACUUUACAGCUAAAUUUUUGUGCCUCAUGAAGUUAUUUGAAGCAGUUUGUAUUGCUGUGCCCAAAUUGCAAAGUAUGUGCUUCACACCACUUACCGUAUAUAAGUUUGAAGUUCGUUUAAAUCUGUUUUGUCACUUCCUCUUUGAAAGGCGUGAGGGGAGGGGGAUCUGCAGUACAUUGUCCAUCAGUUACAAGAGAAUAAUUCAGUAUGUAGACUGCUGUGCCCCUAACUAUUGUAUCAACAAAUAAUAAAUGAUACCAGUUGAAAUUUGCCAUGUCUUCCUUGCUGUAUGGAAGAUGCGAUUAAUCCCUAGUACACUAAAGUAACAGAGUACUUUUAAAAUUUAGUAUUUAUUUCAAAAAUGUCAGGACUACAAAGUGUAUGAGGAAGGUUACAUAUCCACAUUUCAUUUAAGCCUGUGUUUGUGUUUCAGUUGCAAACGAUGCCACAAAAAUUGUGAAAAUAUAAGGAGUGUUCAAUUGAAAAGAUACAAAAUGUCAUAACAACCAGACUGGUUGAAAUUUGAAUGUGUCACUUGGGAUAACAUAGUGAAACAUCUAGGAAUACAAAGCAUGUGUAGUCACUGCCCUAAAAAAAUCAGAACUCUGCUUGAGCAGGCAAGGUGAUGCUCACCACCUUUUGUGACGUCUGCGGUCCAAUAGCCAUUAACAGUGAUGUAUGCUGUGAGACACUCCAUAGCCUACACAGGACCAUCAAGAGCAAACGGUGUGGACUGCUCAAGGAGUGAGUGAUUCUGCUCCUUGAUAAAGUGUGUCCACACGUCCCCAAGGUUACACAAAGUGUAGGGGACAAGUUCAAGUGAAAGUAGCUUGAACAUCCACCCUGGACAUGCCAUCCUGCAACUUCCAUGUGUUUGAUGCACUAAAAAAAAUCUCAAAGGGAAAUAGUUCAACUCGGAUGAUGAACUGAAGGAUAAAGUGGAGGGCUGGCUCCUACCACAGCCACAGGAAGUCUGAAAAGAGGGAACCCUUUGGCUUGCAGAACAGUGGGAUAUUUGUGCUCUGGCCUCUGGUGAUUACUUUUAAAUAAACACUUCAAUUAUGUCCACA